AUGCCUUCGCUUCUAGCAGCAUUGCGGCUGCGGGCGCUAAUCAAGGAGGUUUUCGCCGAGCUGGAGCUUCUAAAAUCGGCAUCUUCGGGCGAAGUCGUGGCCGUUCUUGAGGAAAUCGCCAAAACCAACCCGUACUACGCCAGAACCUUCCUUGGAGAGUACGUUGACUGGCUUGAAGCGAAUCCAGAGGAGGAGGUUGAUGAAAGCCAGGAGGAGGGAUCCAAAGAGAAGGAUGAUACUGUUGAGGAAACUGUGUCUGAACUUGGCGGAUUGACUAUCGGAAAUAGGGAUAGUGACGAGAAGGACGGUACUACCAUUCUAGAAGAAGAUAACGAUGAUCUGACAAAAACUGACUUAAAGCAAACCGCCUCAACCACUUCAUCACCCACCAAAAACACCCUGGAAACUGACCCGUACGAGCUUCUUUGCUCGCUUCUUUCUGCUAAACCACUUACCCCAACUACCCCAGACCUACUACAGUACCCAAUUGACGACUCCACUUGGGUUUCAAUUCAAGAAACACCUCGUGUUAUUUCAGGCCAGGGGACUACGGGAGCUCGAACAUGGAAUGCAGCUCUUCUACUAGCGCUUCUUCUCAAUACGGAGUCUCGAUUUGAGGGUGCUUUCGAAGAUUCCACGAUUCUCGAAUUGGGCGCUGGCACGGGCCUUGUUUCAGCUGCUUUGGCUAAAAAAUGGUCUCAGCAUAACCCUAGGAAAAUCAUCAUAACCGAUGGAGACGCUGGGGUUGUCGAGAAGCUUCCUCUUACUGUGGAGCUCAACGGUGUGGAAUCUCACGAUAUCGAGUGUGUUCAGUACCUCUGGGGCGAAACGCAGCUAGACGAAAAAGUUGAUGUUGUUCUAGGGGCUGAUAUCGUCUACGACCCCAGCGUAUUGGGCAUCUUGCUUGAUACCUUGGCAGGUUUCUUCGAUGCUGGUGCUCAGUACGCUAUAAUAUCCAGAAGCGACAGAAACCCAGAAACAACGAGACAGUGGGAAAAACAGUGCAAUGAGAGGUUUGAAAGAGAAGUCAUACGCGUGGAGGAUCCGGUGAAGUCGACAUUCAACACUCCUGUUUUGAAGUACUACUGGCCUUUUGCCACCGGAGCUGCUAUCACCUACGGAUUGAUCUGGAAGGCUGCCGGCGCCAUGCAAGACACUGACGAGUUCAUCAACGACCCUCGUCACCCUAGAUUCGCCAACGGCGGCAAGUUCAUUGACUUGGAGAAGAAGUAG